AAGAGCAUCCCCUUCGUGUCUCUGACCACCUUGUACAUCUGGUUGAUUCUCAAGCUGCCCAUGGUCAGCCCAAUGAAAGAGGCCAUCUGUUACGUGAUGGAGCAUUUCUGCGUGGCGAUAAAUUAUUACUACAAAAACUGGAAAGCCUGUUCGUUCCCGAGAGAGGCGGAAUCUCAGCUGUGCAGCCCUCUGGUUCCCAUCUACAGGCGCCUGGUUGGAGAUUGGAUGAAUGACGAAGAAACCCAGGUUCAGGAGGCGUCGAUGAAAGCUCUGUGGCCCAUGUUCGGGGUUCUGAUCCGGCGUCAGGAGCAGCAAGAGGAAAUAGUCAAGAACGUCCCGCAGCUGCUUGCAGGGAGCCGGAGCCUGGACUCUUUCCUGGUCGCCAAAAGGCUCCGUCUCUUUUUGGAUGUCUGUGAGGAAUGCAAACCCCCCAUGCCGAAGAAGACGUUCCAGGCUGUCUGUGACUUUGUGUUCAAACAGGUUUUGCCGCUUGGUACUUCAGUCCAGCAAUUACACAAAUGGCCCAAGCUCAUGGACAGGUUCCUAGCCCACGGCUGGAAGUCACAAAACCCAGAGGCCGCACGACAGAGACAGAUCCAAGAAGGAGCAGCGGCUACACAAGAUCAGGUAUCAUACCAGCAUAGUCAGGUUACCAGAGAACAUCGUGACGUGUUGGUGGAGGCUUUCAGCCACCUGGUCUGCUGUUCUCCCGUGGAUGCCCUGGACUUCUUGCAGACGCAGAUGAAGGACGACACCGAAUACGUCCGCGUGGUCCUGCUCAAACACCUCAAAGCCGUCAUUGCGAGCGACAACCUGUGCGAGGGCAGAAGCAGGAAGCGGCCAAUUGUGGACGCUGUGAAAUGCAUUCUGGAUGAUCACCGUGAAGCAGUGAUCAAGGCGACCCUGGGCUUCAUUAGAGAGCUGCUCCGCUCCCAGAAUGUCGAGGGCUGCGCCGUCUGGGACAUGGUGGCCUACGUCUUCCAGCAGUUCAGCCAGCCAGGAGCAAAAGCUGGCCGCCCCGGCCAGAAAGAGAAUGAAGGCGGCAUUCAGGAGAUCUGCAUUGACGUCUUGGAGCACCUGAACACCUCCGCGGAAGGGAUGAGUAAAAUCCUGUGGCCGAAGCUGCUGCACUUCGUGGUCCCGCCUCUGUACAGCCCAGCUUUGAGACCCCUCUGCAGAUGCCUGAAAGAACUGGCCACUGCUCAGCAAGGAGAAUCGGCUCUUUUCCUGGGUUCUUGCAAAGGAGUAAGACUCCCAAGCGCUCAAGGACUGUUUGCAAGGCUUCUGGUCCUGGCCUCCAACCCCAACCAGACAGGGAAGUGGGCCUUGCAGCUCCUGCAUGCCAUACGGGGCAACAUCCACUCCGCGGUCAACAGGCUGUGGGGGACGCAAAUCCUGUUCCUUUGGGAAUCCAUCCCAAGUAAGCCAAUCGCUCCAAAGAGCCAGGAGUGGGAGCAGAAACUGCUGCAAUUCCUGAGAAGAUCCCUGGAGACCAUUGCUGACAGCAACUGGACUCGGAACCUGAGCCGUGAAUUCGAAAGCCAGAUGUCCAGCUACCCUGAUCAGUCAGCAGAAAAGAGUUUCCUGUAUAAAUCUUUGGGCACUUCACUAACAAGCUGUGAGGACAUGCCCUUUGUGAAAAGCCAGAUUCAGCACAUCGUUGGAAACGCCAACUAUCAGGAAGCGUCUGAGAGAGAGAAGGUGAUCCUUGUCCUUUCCUUCUCUGCCAUGGGCCAUUUCGACCUCACGUUGGCCACACUGCAGAAGUUUGGAGAUGGAUUGGAGAAGAAAACAAAGGUGUUUGAAGUCAUCAGUCACUAUAAGGACUAUUACCAAGGCCGGAGGGGCCAGAUCCACCAAACGCUGAUGCUCACGUACGGCAAAGUGGCCCUCUGUGCUCCAAAGGAGCUCCUCUUCUCCCAGGUGGAAACGGACAUCAUGAAGAGAGUUCUCCAGCAUUACUACAACAGCAGGCAGGUGCUGGGCGUUAGCAUCUCAAACAAAGACAUCAGCCUGAAGCUGGCCUUCAUCCAGAGCAUGACAGACAUCGGCCAUGCCCUCCACGAGACCCGGGACUGCCAGGGCUUCCCGUUAACCUGCAAAAAGGAGAUCCUUGGGGUCAUGCUGGGUUUCAUCCGGGAAGAGCCCCUGGAUUCUCUAACGACUCCAAUUCGCCCCAAAGCCAUCCUCGCUCUCGGAUGUCUGAGCAAGCUGAAGCCAUGUUUGAGCUUAGAGGAUAAUCGGAAUCUCCUCGAUCAGAGCAUCAAAAGCCUGUUCCCUCUUCCUCCCGUGGAGCAGCUGAAAGAGGAGAUGGGAAAGGACUUGGAAUACACACAGCACCUGUAUGACUGCUCCGUGGAGGCCCUUGGGAAACUCAUGAAGGCCAUCCUGGAAGAACAGCCGACCUCUGAGCUGGUGGAUGAGAUGUUCCAGCUCAUAGACCCCUGGUUCACGGAAACCGAAUGCAGCCGAGAAAGAGCUCUGCACGCCAGCUUUCAGCUGCUCGCCGCUUUUCAAGAAAGCCUCAGGGUCGGCAUUCCGAGCAGGGAAGAUUUUCAACAGUUUGGGUCUCUGGUGGCCCUGCUCGCCCCGUUCACCUGUGAUUCCUCCAGCCAAUGUCGGCAGUGGGCGGGCCAAUGCAUCACCUGCCUUAUCCACAUACAAGCUCGGUCAGGGGUCACCCCAGAAGAAGAGCAAGAGAUGUUGUCUGCCUGCCAAGACUUAUGGUCUGAAGUCCCCAGUGUUCUCUUCAUGGCAUCAUCCAGAAUGGCCAAGGUGGUCAGUGCCUGUUUCCCACCAGAUCAAGCCCUGGACUUCAUCGAAGCCAUCCUGGAAGAGCUGGUGUCCGGGAACGAAAUGUGUGCUGUGGCUGCUGGGUACUGGUUGCUCACGAUCCUUCAAGACCGUGGCGAUGCUAUGGAAGCACAGGUCUCGAAGAUCCUUGACGUCUUCUACAGCCGCCUGCCCACCGUCAAGGAGGAGCCCCUGAGGCAGGUCCUGGUGGACGCAAUCUCUAUCAUGGCGCAGUAUCACUUGGAUGCGGUGUUCAGCAGCCUCCUGGGACGGCGCCUCCCCAUGGACAGCGAGACAGGGGAACUCUGGAGGUCUUUAGGCAGGAACCUUCUCCUGGCAGUGCUGAUUCUUCACCGCUUAGCUGCAACCGUCCUGCAGCCCCCCAGCUCAGAGACGGCGUCAGCUACGGGCAGUGACGAAAGCUCCGUUUUCGCCGACGAGGAGCCUCUCAAGGCCACCUGUGCCAUCUACGAAGUCCUGUCCAUGCUACCCACUGGGGAGACCAUAGAGGAACUGUUCCCGGGACUGUUCUGUGCUCUCCUGCAACAGGUCAGCAGAACGGUGGGCCAGAAGAUGCCUUUCUAUGAAGGACGCCGGAGGCUGUUCCGGAGAGAACAGCACCUGAGUGAAGGCAACCCAUGCAGACUUUCCGUCGCCAGCCUGAAGACCCUGCUGUUGAAGCUGACCUCUGAGCCGUCGCUAGCGGAAACCGGGGGAGUGAAUAUGUGGGUUUUACUGAGGGACCCUGGCACCCACCAGGAGGGGGUGUGUCUGCUGACCAGUCAUUUGGUUCAGAGAGGCCUUCUUGACAAGGAGAUCAUUGAACAUGUCCUGUCUUGGAUGGAUUCAGAGUCCAAAAAACUGCGUCUAACCAGCACUGCCUUCUUUGUGGAGGCAAUCAGGCAUCCCACGUUAUCUGAAAGAGAACCACUGCAGACCAUCUUCCCCGUCCUUCUCGGGAGGGCAGGAGACCAGCAGCCCAGCAUCCGCCAGAUGGCAGUCAGAGGUCUUGGCAACGUGCUCCUUGCAGCUCCAGACAAGAUCAAGGAAGCGAGAAGGACCGUCGUGGAGGUCCUCCUGGGGGCUUUGUAUGAUGCCCAGGUAGUGCGAGAGAGCCUCCGGGUGCUUGCUGUGGUUCUUCCUCACCUGAAGGAGAAGAUCCUGGGCUCGUGCUUUAAAAACAUCACCAUGAGGACCUUAAGCUACCUGGAUGAUGACGAUGCUGAACUUCGCGGCGGCGCCCUGCGCCUCUUUGGCAUCCUGGCGGCCGUGGCGAAACCCAGAUUCCAAGGGUUUUUUGCUGACCAAGUGAAGAAGAACCUUGUGCCGCUCCUCAUUCACCAGCAAGAUCCCAGUCCUCUGGUGUCGGAGGCAUGCAGAGUCGCAUUUCUGCAGUCGGUGUGGUUUUUACCCAAGAGGAAACUGAGACACUGCCUGGAAGACCUUCGACCUGCCGACCCCUUGAACCUCCCGUAUUUGCAUGCAUAUAUCUGCAGGCAGCUGGUCAAGACCAGCCCCGAGAUGAAGGGGGAGCUCUUGCAACAGACGGCAGCGUAUUUCAGAAGCAGCUGGGAAGAGACCCGGGUGGCGGCCCUGGACCUGUCAGGUGUCGUUUUGGAAAGCAUGGUGCUCCCGGACCUUGACGAGACUUUUCAGCUGCAAUUGCUGGGAUCUCUGAUUUCCCCUUUUCCCAGGCCCUGCAAAGUGACAGGUCGUGCUCGGAGUGGAAAUGAACAAGGCGAUUCAUUUAUGAAAAGAACGGGAGACAUUCAUCGUCUUCAGAAAGCCAGACGCGAACGUUUGAGCGACACCGAACUCUUUGUUGGGCUUAAAGUGUCCGAAGGCAAAAAUACAAAGAGGAGGGCGGAGAUGGGAUCGGAGCCAGCCGAAGAUCAUCGCCCAAAGCCGCUUCUCAAACAAAGGGCCCAGAGGACAAAAAGAAAAAGGUUCAUUUCGUUUACUGAAUUCAUUUCAAACCACGGGUCUCCUGAGCUCAUCGGCUUCGCUCUCAAGGUGGCCGCCGACUGA